AGAUGAGUGGUCGGGCACGUGGCCGUGGCCUUGAUGUGCCCCUGUGCGGUGCAGCAGCCCUAUCCCACGCUCAACACUUCCGACCUGCUGCUCCAAUGCAACCAAGAAUGCGAUCAGCUGGACCUCAGCCACAAGUGCGCGCACCGCGACCUGCAGCCCACCAGCAGAAGCAGUUUCGAGGCAUGCGACCAGAUGAAAAUCCAACAUGUCACAUGGCGAAAUCUGGAUCAUCGGACGGCAAACGCGAUGAUAUUGAGAAACGCAAACGUAGGAUUAUUAAGGAAGAUAUCCAAUAUGAAGAACAGCUGAAAGUAAUAGCAGCCAAUGUAGCUAAAACUGGGAAACACAACAUGGGCAUGCUAAAGAAGCAUUGCGAUGAAAUCAUCGAGCUCACAGAAGAUGCAGGGAGGACCGUGUCAACCAUGGCCAUUAUGACAAUGGUGAAAGUCGAUCUAGAGAUAGAACAUCUUAAUAGGAAGAUGGACAACUUAGUAGAAGGUAUUUCUUAUGUACUUGAAUGCACUAGUACCAUAAGGAAUGAGGUCAACGCUGCCGUCAUCAAACGGACGGACAGCACGCUUGAAGAAAGAGUGAAAAAUUGUGAGUCAAAUAAAAGAAUUGAAGAAGCAAAACUAAAAGUUCGACGAAUCCUGGCUUAUUUUGUUGUAUACAUUUCGUAGAGGUUUUAUUCGCCAGGUUAUCUUUAAGAAAUAAGGACUGGAGAAUCACAUGCGCGUUGCUCACAGUGAAGCUUAUUAUUAUAGGACGUAGCGACAACAUACCACAAACUUGACUUAUCAUCACAUCAUAAUGAGGCAACCGCUUACGCGACCAUUGUUAUUAUGUCGCAAUUGCCGCAGCCACUACCGUCUUAUCCUGCUUUUCUUUUCAACGUGUAAUAAAGGCAAGGUCUUCCAUAGUCAGAAGUCUUGUGGUCAACGACUUGCGAACAAAAAACUUGUGGACAACGACAGAUUGCAGUCAUUUAAUGAAUUGUGAUCGGCAUCAAUCAUUUUCUCUUAGUAGUAAACACCUUGCCAGGCGUAGGCCACAGUUCCGUAAUAAAACAACUGCUCAAGUAA